AUGAUUAAAUUUGUUCUUUUAAUCAAUAAACGUGGCCAAACAAGGCUCAGCAAAUACUACACCCACUAUUCCCCUGAGGAAAGAACGUUACUGGAAUCUGAGCUUCUUCGCAAGUGUAUUACUAGGAAUGACAACCACUGUCCCUUUUUUACUCAUAAAGAUACUACUAUAGUUUUUAGGAGGUACGCCAGCUUAUUUUUUAUAAUUGGAGCAACCAGUGAUGAGAACGAGCUUGAGAUUUAUGAAUUAAUCCACAACAUUGUGGUUGCUCUUGAUAAGCACUUUGAAUCAGUGUGUGAAAUUGACAUUUUGUACAAUUUGGAAAAGGCCCACCUAAUUUUAAAUGAAAUGAUAGCAAAUGGACGAAUAAUUGAGUGUAAUAUAGCAAACGUACUCUACCCGCUUUCUGUAUUAGAGAAACUAAGACAAUCAGACUGA